GGCACCAUGGUGCUCUCUGUGCCUGUGAUUGCGCUGGGCGCCACGCUGGGCACAGCCACCAGCAUUCUCGCGCUGUGCGGGGUCACCUGUUUGUGCCGGCACAUGCACCCCAAGAAGGGACUACUGCAGCGGGACCGAGAGCCGGACCCUGAGAAGGCGAGACCUGGGGUGCUACAGCCUGCCCAACAGUUCAAUGUGAAGAAAUCCACGGAGCCGGUCCAGCCCAGAGCCCUGCUCAAAUUCCCGGACAUCUACGGCCCCAGGCCGGCCGUGACAGCUCCUGAGGUCAUCAACUAUGCGGACUACACGCUGGGGACCACGGAGGAGCCUGCUGCGCCCACCAGCCCUCAGCCUCCGAGUGACAGUCGCCUCAAGAGGCAGGUCACAGAGGAGCUGUUCAUCCUUCCCCAGAACGGUGUGGUGGAGGAUGUUUGUGUAAUGGAGACCUGGAACCCGGAGAAGGCCGCCAGCUGGAACCAGGCACCCAAACUGCACUACUGCCUGGACUAUGACCGGCAUAAGGCUGAGCUCUUCGUGACUCGCCUAGAAGCUCUCACCAGUGACCAGGAUGGAGGCUGCGAUUGCUACGUGCAGGGCAGCGUGGCCAUCGGGACAGGUUCUGUGGAGGCGCAGACAGCCCUGAAGAGGAGGCAGCUGCACACAGCCUGGGAGGAGGGCCUGGCGCUGCCCUUGGCAGAGGAGGAGCUGCCCACGGCCACUCUGACGCUCACCCUCAGGACCUGCGACCGCUUCUCCCGCCACAGUGUGGCCGGGGAGCUCCGCCUCGGCCUGGACGGGGUGUCUGUGCCCUUGGGGGCUGCCCAGUGGGGCGAGCUGAAGACUUCGGUCAAGGAGCCAUCGGCAGGGACUGGAGAGGUGCUCCUAUCCAUCAGCUACCUCCCGGCUGCCAACCGCCUCCUGGUGGUGCUGAUCAAAGCCAAGAACCUCCACUCCAACCAGUCCAAGGAGCUCCUGGGCAAGGAUGUCUCCGUCAAGGUGACCUUGAAGCACCAGGCUCAGAAGCUGAAGAAGAAGCAGACCAAACGGGCCAAGCACAAGAUCAACCCCGUGUGGAAUGAGAUGAUCAUGUUUGAGCUGCCCGACGACCUGCUGCGGGCCUCCAGCGUGGAGCUGGAGGUGCUGGGCCAGGACGAGGCCGGGCAGAGCUGCGCCCUGGGUCACUGCAGCCUGGGUCUGCACGCUUCCGGCUCUGCGCGCAGCCACUGGGAGGAGAUGCUCAAGAACCCGCGCCGGCAGAUCGCCAUGUGGCACCAGCUGUGCCAGUAGCCAGCUGCUGAGACCGGCACCUCUGGGCCCAGCUGCCCCGUGCACCCUCCUCUGGUCCACUCCUCAUUUCGACAGGCAGAGCCCUCACGCCUCCUCUCCCAUCGAACUCCCAUUUCUAAAAAAAGAAGUGUGGGACAUCGUGUCACACCGGGGACUGCAGCUUGUUCCUCUGUGCUAUGGAAGAGGAGCUUAUCCAAAACAUGUGUGUGGGAUUUGCAGGUGGGGGAGGUCAGGUGUAGAAAGAAUUUAAUUCAGGGAAUUAGGGGUGCGAAGAAAUUGGCUUCCUUAAAAAAUCGGCAUUUCAGCAUGGAUAAAGGCAAUGAAACAAUUGUGGAUAAACUCGAAGGAUGAGAGCUGGUCUGUGUAGGAGGGAACAGAACGCCCACCCAGUCAGCUGUGGGACGUGAGUGUGAGCCUCACCUGCUGGCCACAGAGCCUCUGAGGGGCACUAGGUCUGAGAUCUCGGCCAAGCCCAGCCCUCGGACAGGGAGAGCUCUGAGGCAGAGGUGGGAGGACACGGAGAGGUCCCAUCUACAGCAUUCCACGUGGGCUUUUAGCCUCGUCCCUAAUAGAGCCCCGACACCUGGGGGCAGUGCGCCCCAACCCUGGGCACCUAAACUCUCUGUGUGAACUCGAAACCUCUGUUUUUAAUUUAGUUCUUAAUGUUGAAAUGUGAAAUGUCA